CACCUACUAGUUGACUCGAUCCGCUGAGGAUUGACGAUACGAAAGGUUUCUGCAGUUCAGAGCCUCAUUGAGGGCACAAAAGACGGCUUAUCAUGCGUUUUCAAGUUCCUGAAAAGGGCACGCGUCGGUUUGCCAAUGCUGGGCGUUGCAUGCCGGUCAUUCUGGAUGGUCACGCUAUGCUUGAAUGCUGGAACAUUGGAGAGAAAGCAGGUGGAACAUGUCGGGCACCUCUACAACGGGGAUCGCCUUUGGGAGCAACUUAUAGAUGGCGAACACUACACUUUGACGGCAACUCUGGCUGCGAGUAUCACUCAUUACAUGUGCCAGCUGAUCGUCUUGAAUACAACAAUUGUCACUCGACUGCCUACACACGAUCAUCAAAUCGGCAUGUCAAUGGAUCCACUCGUCAGAACCAAUAUAAUCUCUUAGAAAUGCCCAGGCAGUCUCUUAGUGAUUAUACUGCAGCGAGGUUCAUUUUCAUGUCGAGGAGGAUGUUUCAUGGUUGCUAUUGCCUUCCAUGCAAUGCAACCAGAAUUUUGGCAUGUUGUCACUUUCCGGCUUAAGAUCAGUCUCUACCAUGUAAUGGUCCUACUCGCCAUGCAGUCACUGUUGCUCGUCCGUGGUUCUUAGCUAUCGGCCGUCCCGUGCAUGUUUCCCACCUCGGGGGGCCUGGGUCCCUUGUACCUGCUUUCCACCUUUCAAUUUCCAGUACUUCAUAUCCUUUGGAGGCUAGAUGAUCCGAAAUCACGGCACCAGCCACUGAUUUGUGCUUCUGUCGAAGAUCCUGACCGACCGUGUUAACCGUCUCUUUGCAAUGCAGAUUGCAAAUAGAUUGAUGGGCGCUGACACCGGCUACGAUUUCGGUCGUAGCC